AUGGCGCAGAAGGAGGGUUGGCAGGGGGACGAGGCAGCCACCUUCCUGGCGGAGCUGUGCGAGUUGCCUCAGUAUGCUGCGACAGCCAACCGCAACUUCUCGCUCUCUUCCCUGCGUCAGCUGAAGCGCCAGGGCUUCCUCUCCAAAGGACUCUCACGGGCUGGCAUCUGUGACUGGCAGCACCAGAAGAGGAUCGACGCGGAGCUGGGUGACCUCGAAAAAGCGUUGCCGCCAGAUAUGGAGGGCCGCGUCUUGGCACGUUCUGCUUCAGCUCCCAAUGCUGUGCUUGGAGCCGACGCCGUGCUGAGGAAGAACCACGUGCGCCAGCCCGGGCCACCGAUCAGUGUCCAGCGGAAUGCUCGCCUCGUGUGCACUUCGAACAUGAUCAUGAGGUCGCCGCCGCUGACUUCCACAGCCAAGUCUAUGCUGAAACCGUCCACAUCCCUGGGCUGUCUGGCCCCUGGCGGCCACCGCUCGAGUGAGCGGAGCUCGCCCACACCGUACAUGCUUGCGUGA